CCACUUAAGAGCAGUUUGGCAAGAUUGGUGAUAGCGCCAUGGUUGUUAGUGAUUCUAGUAGUUACAUCUACUUUCACAGCAAGCCUAGCCUCCAUGAUGACUGUCUCCCAUGUCAAACCAUCGGUUUUAGACAUUGAUACGCUGCACAGGAAAAAUGCUAAUGUUGGGUGUGAUGGAAAUUCUUUUAUUGUAAAACAUUUAGUUAAUGUUAUGGAUUUUAAGCCACACAACAUCAAGAAUAUUUCCUCAAUCGAGGACUACCCUCAGGCCUUUGAGAAAGGACACAUUUCAGCAGCUUUCUUUGUUGAACCCCAUGCUAAAGUCUUCCUCGCAAAGUACUGCAAAGGCUAUAUAAAAACAGGACACUUUUUAAAACUCGGAGGUUUUGGCUUUGUUUUUCCAAAGGGCUCGGCUUUGGCCAUUGAUAUUUCAAAGGCAGUCCUUGAAGUAACUGAGAGUGGACAAGUGGAACAUUUAGAGGAAGUCAUGCUCCACUCUUGUAACUGUUCUACUCCAAUCAACUCGGAUGGUGAUUCUAUUGGUCCUGAGCCUUUUUCUAGCCUCUUCAAAAUUUCAGGUGGAAUUGCAGCAUUUGCAUUCUUAAUCACAAUUAUGCAACUAGCGGAUAAAAAUCUGGACAAGUCUAGCUUCUUAUCAACAUUUUUACUAAGUAGAGGAUUUUGGAGAUGGGCUUAUACUUACCUCUCUCAAAGGUCCCAGAAAAACAUCAAUUUCCUUCCAACCUGAAAGUCUAAUAUUAUCCAUACUUCCUACCUCCGUGUGUGUGUAUAUGUAUACAUAUUUGAUUGUGAUUUUCCAGCUAAACGUCCAUAAAUUAACAAUUAAGAAUGUUAGUACGGUAU